UCACCUGGCAAUGGGGUCCAGUCUCCCGGUACCGGAGCCCGGUCACCUGGUAACGGUCAGGGAGCUCGUUCACGGUCUAGUGUCUUUAGCGAGGGACACGACAGCAAGAAGAACGGUAGGUCAUGAUGAUGUGUGUGUCUGUGAGCAGUAGUGUGUAUCUGUGAGCGGUAGUGUGUGUCUUGUGUGUCUGUGAGCAGUAGUGUGUGUCUGUGAGCGGUAGUGUGUGUCUGUGAGCGGUAGUGUGUGUCUGUGAGCGGUAGUGUGUGUCUUGUGUGUCUAUGAGCGGUAGUGUGUGUCUUGUGUGUCUGUGAGCGGUAGUGUGUGUCUGUGAGCGGUAGUGUGUGUUACUAUUGAAUUUCCAGUGAACAUUGUGACUAAUCUUUCCAAUCUGUUUUGUUCUCUCUCUCUCUCUCUCUCUCUCUCUCUCUCUCUCUCUCCUGGUAGUGAACUUUGGUCUGGAGACUAAGAAGAGCAUCAUCCAUCCUCGCUCAGACUCUUCCAACCGCUCCACCCGUUUCUCUCUCUCCUCUGACAAGUCCUACCCUAAUGGCCUCAGCACCUGUCCCCACUCCCACGGCGGCAAGGAGGCGGUGCUUAAUGAUGACAUAGAGAAGCGGGUGCUGGUGAACAAAGAUGGCAGCCUGUCUGUGGAGAUGAGGGUGCGCUUUCGUCUCCACAACGAUGAGACGCUCCAGUGGUCCACGGAGAUUAAGAAGUCUCCCUCUGACUCUCUGACCAAUGAGAGGGAAGCCCAGCCCCGCUACCUACAAGUACACUUUGAUAUGCCUUUUUGUGUUUUGUUGUUUUAUAUUACUCUAGUUUUGUGAUAUAUAUAUAUUUUUGUUCAGUAAGCUGCUGUGUGUAUGAAAUGUGCUUUACAAAUAAGAUGUAUUGUUAUCGUUGUUUCCUGCAGCAAGGCCAAUCAGAAAGCUGCUCAGACCCUGACUCCGCCUCCUGUGUUGCUGAAGCUGCCGACUACGCCCCCAAGCCUCCACAGCCCUCCCUGGAGGAGCCACAGCCACGCUGUGCCUGCUGCUUCCAGAGACAGGACCCGGAGUAUGACCUCUGGGAGAACCCCGCCCACAUCCAGACCUCUAAGCACUCCCACUCCAGGGUUAGACACACCCACUCCUCUAGCUCCUCCUCCUCCUGCCGCUCCAGCAAGUUGGUGAGGAGGCGGGCGACCCACAGGCAGUGCUCAGAGCCCGGAAGGGUUGUCCAGGAGUGCUGCGUCAGGGAGGAGGUACAGCAACGGGUGGAGGUGGAGAGGGAUGGAGGGAUGGUGGAGGUGUGUACAGUCAGCCGCAGCUGCAGCCGCAGCGAGCUUAACCUGAGUGCCACGGACAACCAGGGGGAGGAGCGUCCUCUGUCUAGCUCCUCCCAUGUCCUCCAGGCACUUCAGGAAGAUGUGGUUGACCACCCUCCCAGUGUCUCACGCUGUUGCCAUAGCAACGACCCCCCACAAGCCCUCCCCUUGACCCCACAACCUCCCAGCCGUGUGUCUACUUCCUCCAGGAGCAGGAAACACACCCCACAGGGAAAGGAGGUGGGAGAGAGGGAAGAGGAAAGGCGUGACAUGGGUGAGGAGAGGCGGAGCAGAGCCUCCUCCCGGCCUUCUAGUAACUCAUGCUCCUGCCGCGGUGGAGAAGUCAUCCCUAAGGCCGACAAGGAGAGAGUGGACAGCUCGUGGUCGAAGGCCAGCCAAGCCUCCCAUGGAUCCAGAUCCUCCCACAGAUCCUCCCAUAGAUCCAGAUCUCCCUCCAACAGAAUCAGGACCCCUGUGGCUCCAGAGGAGGGAGAUGAUGAAGCUGAGGAGGGGGAGGAGAGGGCAGUCAGCGUUAUGUCCACUCUCACCGGCCUCUCCGGUGGCUCGGGGGGGUCCAUUGGGUCUUUGGGGUCUAUGGGGUCCUGUGUAUGUCCUCACUGUCGGGGGUGUGACCAAGGGUACAGCCCUGCAUCCUGCCCCUCACAGAAGUCACAUAGGUCAAAGCAAUCUAAAUGUGAGGAGGAGGUGGAGGAAGAGGAGGAGGAGGAAGAGGAGAAGGAGAGGUCAGGGAGCGGACUCUUAGGUGGCUCAGAUGAGUGUGGUUUUUCUCAGAGGACCAUCAGGUCCAACUGUACCCACUACUACCAAGAGGGCAGAGCAGCCAGCAAGAUGUCACACCUGUCUCUGCUCGAGGAGGGGGAGGAAACAGGGAAGGAGGGAGAUGUGGAGGGGGGAGAGAAAGAGGAGAGAGCAGCCAGCGCCCUCUCAGCCAAAUCCUUCUCUUCAGUCAAGGGCAGGAACUCCAGAACCUCCCAUAAGUCUAAGGCCUCAGAAUCCCUUGCAGAUAUGGAGGAAGAGAUGGAGGGAGAGAUGGAGGGAGAGAUGGAGGGAGAGAUGGAGGAAGAGAUGGAGGGAGAGAUGGAGGAAGAGAUGGAGGGAGAGAUGGAGGGAGAGAUGGAGGAAGAGGGAGAAGUGAAAGAGGGAGCGGUGGAAGAGGGAGGAGAGCAGAGAGCAGCAAGCAUUAUGUCAGCUAAAUCUAGUCUCUCAGCCAAGUCCAGCAGGUCUCAUAAGUCUACCUGUGGCAAAGCAGAUGGGUCCACCAAAGCUUCAGAGAGGGCAUCAUCUCCCAGAUCAGAACCAGAAGUUGCUGAGGAUACAGGAGCAGCAGAGACAGAGGAGAGAGGAGCCAGUGCCAUGUCAGCUAAAACUAACGCUUCAGUAAAGUCCAGCAGAUCCCAUAAGUCUACCGGCAGUCAUAAUGUUAGGGCUGCAUCUGCGAACUCUGAAACACCUGAAGUCCCUAUUAUUGAGACAACAGGUGAAGGUGAAGAGGCAGAAGAGGGAGAGGAAACAGACGAGAGGGCAGAGAGCUCCAUGUCAGCUAAAUCAAGCCACUCAGCCAAGUCCCGUAGGUCCUGUCAGUCUACCUGCAGCAAAGCAGAACAGGCCCCUUCCCCCAACUCACCAGAGGUACCAGCUACUGAACCUGAACCUGCUGAAGAUGAUGAGAGAGAAGCAAGCGCCAUGUCAGCUAAAACUAGGGCUUCUAUCAAGUCCAGCAGGACGCAUAAGUCUGCCUGUAAGGCUACCUCUCCAAAGCCAGCCGCUUGUGAAACUCCAGUCAACGAUCAAGCAGAGAAAACAGAGGAAGAGAAGACUGUGUCAGCUUCUGUCAGGUCCAGCAGGUCCCACAAGUCCACCUGCAGUAGGAGUGUUAGGGCUGAGAGGCCUGUUGCUAAAGAGUUCCCUGCUACUACGACGACAGGGGGAGAUGAAAAUGGAUCGGCUGCUGCUGCCGGAGACACAGAGGAGAGACCAGCGAGUGCCAUGUUGGAUAACAAUGACGCCUCAGUGAAAUCUAGCAGAUCUCAUAAGUCUACCUACAGCAAGGCAGAAUGGGCCCCUUCCUCCAAUUCACCAGUGGUACCAGCUUCUGAGCCUCCUGUAGAUGCUGAGGGAGAGGAGAGAGCAGCAAGCGUCAUGUCAGCUAAAACUACGGCUUCAGCAAAGUCCAGCAGGUCCCACAAGUCCACCUGCAGUAGGAGUGUUAGGGCUGAGACUCCAGGGACUAAAGACAUCCCUGCUAUUACGACGACAGGGGGAGAUGAGACGGUUGACGAUACAGCUGCUGCUGGAGACACAGAGGAGAGACCAGCGAGCGCCAUCUCAGCUAAAACCAUUGCUUCACUCAAGUCCAGGAGGUCUCAUAAAUCUACCUGCAGCAGGAGGGCUGAGACUCCAAGCUCCCGACCAGCCGAUGUCCCUGUUAUCGAAACAACAGGAGGGGACGAGGUCGGAGAGGAGAAGGAGAGAGCAGCCAGUCUCAUGUCAGCUAAAUCUAACGCUUCAGCAAAGUCCCGCAGGUCUAACAGGCCUGGAAGUAGUAGAGCUCAAGAUGUUCCUGCUAUCGAGACGACAGGUGAGGAAGAAGAGGGAGACAAAGAGCAAGAGGAAACUGAGAGACCAGCGAGCGCCAUGUCAGCUAAAUCCACCGCCUCUGUCAUGUCCACCAGAUCUCAUAAGUCUACUAGUAGUAGGAGGGCUGGAACUCCAGCUUCAGAACAAGCUGAUGUUGUUGAGACCACCGGAGGAGAGGGGACAGAGAGACCAGCGAGUGCCAUGUCGACUAAAUCUAAUGGUUCAGCAAAGUCCAGCAGCUCUCACAAGUCCACCUGUAAUGGAAGUACUGGAGCGGUCUCUCCAGCACCCAUAACAGCAGAAGUCCCCGCCAUUGAAACAACAGGGGUUGACGGGGAGGGAGAGAAAACAGAGGAGAGACCAGCUAGCGCCAUGUCGGCUAAAUCUCACGUCUCAGCUAAAUCCAGUACAUCUCAUAAGUCUAAUGGCACUAAUAGAAGUAUGUUUCUGCACCUGAAAAAAGAGAGAGGUGAGAAGGGUUAUAGACCUGCCCCCAGCACUACAGGACAUGACCUUGAGACAGGCAGUGUGAAAUCUGCCGUGAGCACAAAACCCAAAAGUAUAGCAGAUUCCUCAACCACCAGACCCCUCUCCAGAGCACCACAGGCCAGUGCUAAAUCCACCAAUCAGACACCGCCUGCCACCACCGAAACCACCAAGACCAAAGAGGAGUCUCAAAGUAAAGCCGCCAGCCGAACUGCCAGCAAGGCUGCACACAGAGAUGAUGAUGUCAGAGAUGAUGUCACAGAGAAGAAAGCUCCCAGCGUGCACACUAGAGACUCCAGAGCUGCUUCCUCCGCCUGCUCCACCAGGUCAAAGGUGAAAGUUCAGAAGGCCAGCGAGGCCCAGGACGAGGAGAGGCCAGAGACAAGGGCAUCCUUCCUACAAGUGAAAGGUCACAGGGUCAGAGCUCAGAGUAACGCGGGCAGCGUUCGCUCUGUGAAAACCUCCAAAACCGAGAAGAUUGUAAUCAAAGGGAACUCCAGACCAAAGUCAGCCAAAGCGGGAGACCCUCUCUCCCAGUCCCUCAAUCCCCCCGAGGGCUCCAGACCCACCAUCCAGCUGGGGACAGCCAGCGUCAGUGAUAGCCUCCUCUCCCAGUCCCUGUCAGCAACUGACCUGCUCAGGGGGAACAUGGCUGCCUCGCGCCCCUCCAGCCCUGCAGGGUCAAAGGUUAGCAUCACUGAUAGUGGGAAGAGUGGGAGUAGCCAGAGGAGCAAGAAGCCCAAACAGGAAGAGGAGGAGAUAGAGGAGCUGGAUCCCCUCUGUCUACCCAACACCUCGCCCAAUGACGUCGUCAGUGAUUGGCUGAGAGGCAUCCCUGCUGACAGCGGCAUGGAUAACCCUGAAGACGAGAUGAACGAGGGAAUUGAGGAGACAGAAGAAAAAGGAGAGGAAGGAGAGGAGAAAGGAGGGGAAACAGAGGGACAGGGAGGAGAGGAGACUGAGGAGAAACAAGAACCGGUUGAAACCACAGAGAUGGAGCAGGAGAACACGGCUGAAACAGGACAACAGGAACAGGAAGUAAAGAAGGCUGCCCAGCAACCAGAGGAAGAGGGAGAGGUGAAAGAGGAGGAGGAAGAAAGGGAAGAGGAGGAGGAGAAGGAGGUGAAAGAAGAAGAGGAAAGGGAGGAGGGAGAGUGCUCUGAGUGUGCUGACUGCUGCCCUGACCCAGCCCCGCCCACCAAUGACAUCACUUCUCCUUGUCAUCCCCACCUGUUCCUCAGCAGCGAGUCCGAGCUGCCCCGGAGCUGCCACUCAUCUGUGGCGGUGAUGAAGGUUCUACUGAGCCCUUCACUGGGCCGAUGCAGCUCCCUACCCGAGGUAUUUCCUGUUUCUAGACUUUUACUCACAUACUUUUACUUCCCAGUGAGCACAAGACGUUCAAAAUACAUAUUUUCAAUGUAUUUUCAACUUACAUGUCUUGUACUCAUAGGGUUAUAUACUUUACAGUAUAGUUUUACUUAUAUAUUGCAUACUAAUAACUGUUAUUAUUUUAAUACUUUUAUUGUCAUAUUCACAUGGUUUGUAUGACUUUCAGGGGGAGAAAAAACAACUUUUUGAUAUGAUUUAUUCCUAAUCCUUAAUUCUCCCACCUGUCUCUUUACUCCAGAUAGGUUCUGUGUACGGACGCAGACUGAGCUCCUCUGCUAAAGGUCUGCUGGACUGUCUGGCCCAGCUGCAGCUCAUCGACCCGCCCACUUCUUCAGCUGCAGACCCGAGCCCUGACAGGGGCCAGAGUUACCAAGAGGUCAUGGAUAUACUACAGUCACUGUGGCUGUCUGACCCUGAGAAGGGGAAGGAGGACGAGGGAGAGGAGAAGGAGAGGCUGAAAGACUCUGGUGUGGACCUGACCAGCGUCUCAGCAGGGUCUGGGGGUUCUGGGAAGACCAGACCAGAUGAAACAGCUGGUGACAUCACUCUCAUAGCGGAGGGAGAGAGAGGGGAAGGAGAAGGAGAGGGGGAGGCAGGAGAGGGGGAGGCAGGAGAGGGGGAGGCAGCUGGAGGAGGAGAGGAAGCAGCAUCAGCAGCGGCGACCCCAGACAUCACCAGCCGAGUGCGGGGCAGCCCAGGGGAUGAUGAAGGGAGAGGUGAAUUGCUGCAGACCCCUGAGAGCCUACAAAUCCCAGGGAGCCCGUCCUCUUCAGACAGCACAGCCUACAAGUCCCCCACUGACACAGAGAGAGACACCCCAGAGGACACCCCCAGCUCAGGGACACCCCCAUCAGUCCAGAGAGCGCUGCUCACCAAGCGUGUCUCACAGGACCCUGACCCGGUCUGGGUUCUCAACCUGCUGAAGAAGCUGGAGAAACAGUUCAUGACCCACUACGUAGAAGCCAUGGCUGAGUUCAAGGUACUGAUGCAACAGUAAUAAAAACCACAACAACAAACACAACAGCAUUAAUAAUAAUCAUCAUCAUGAAAAUCAUAAAUACGUUUUUUUAUGGAUAAUCUUUGAUAAUACUGUUGUGUUUGUGAAGGUGAGGUGGGACCUGGACGACAAUGCGAUGUUGGACGCUAUGAUCACUGAGCUGAGAGACGAGGUGAAGAAGAGGAUCCAGACGAGCAUUGAUCAUGAACUGAGGAAGAUCCGGGGGCGGGCAAGCCGGGGGCCACGCCCACCUAACCUGUCCCGGGAGUCAGCUGAAACAGACCAGAGGAGGCGGAGAUUAAAGGUGAGUGGGGCAAACCCCUGAGGUUUCUAAAUCAGUUAGUGAUUCUAUUGCUCUUUUAGUUUAACAGCUUUAAAACAAACUUUUAGUAAGAUUUGAAAGAGAUUUUAGCAGUUUUUUCUACUUACCCAGAGUCAGAGGAAAUCAUGGAUUCGAUUUUUAUGUCUUUGCGUGCAGUUUGAAGGAAGUUGAAGGUAGUUUUAGCGUUAGCACGAUGAAUGCUAGCAUGCUGAUCCCCAAGACUUCCAUUCAUUGUGCUAAUGCUAGUUAGCAACUUCCUUCAAACUGAACGCAUACACAUUUCAUCCAUGAGUUCAUCUGAUUCUGGGUAAGUAGAAAAAUCUUGCACUAUCCCUUUAACACAUAGUGUUUUAAUUCCUACUUUAUUGUCAACUGUAGGCCCUAUUGCCAUAUUAUAAAUGCACUCCAAAUAAAGUUAGACUUUGCUUUGAAGGUCAUGAAGGUCCAGUCGGUGAAUGAGAGUGAUGGAGAGCAGGGUUCAGGCGAUGUUAGUGACCAGCGCAGCGAGGACGAGUACUGUCCCUGCGACGCCUGCAUACGGAAAAAGGCGGAGGCCCAGGCAAUCAAAAUGGAGGCUGUGGUUGCCAAGGCGCCGGUGAUGAUGGCGUUUGAUCUGUGUAAGAUCCUGCGGAUGAAGAAAGACCCAGAGCCUCCGGCGCCCCCUACCCCCAUCGAGGGGAAGAACAAUGACAACCUGGAAGAGGAGGAGAAGAAGGAGGAGGAGGAGGAGGAGCAGGUUGGGGAUCUAGAGGUGGUACACGAAGACGAGGAAGACAAGGAAGAGGAGGAUAUUAUACCAACUGUUGUCAUACAGGAAGCUAUCCCUGAGGAGGAAGAGGAAGAAGAAAUAGUGACUGGGGGAGAGGAGGAGGGACAGGAGAGUGAUGGAGCUGAGUCUCUGAUUGGGGAAGUAGAGCAGGAGAUAGCUGAGGAUAUAGAAGCUGAAGAACAGGAGGAGGACGGAGUGGUAGAGGGAACUGAGGAUGAGGAGGAGGAGGAGGAGGAGGAGGAGGAGGAAGAAGAAGAAGGAGAGACGGGAGAGGGGGAGGAGACGGGUGAGGGUGAGGAGGAGGGAGAGGAUAAGGAAGUAGAGACUGGAGAGGGAGCAGCUGAGAAGGGGGGUGGAGAAAUGACUGAAGGAGAGGGAGCAGUGGAGGAGGAGACAGACAAAGCUGAAGAGGAGACAGAGGAGGGUGGAACAGGAGAAGAGGAGGAGGAGGAGGAGGAGGAGGAGGAGGAGGAGGGGGAGGAGGAGGAGGAAGAGGAGGAAAGCAAUGUGGUGUCUGAAUUUAAGGUGGAAGAAGAGAAGGGAGAGUUGGAGAAUGAAAACACAGCAGGAAAAACAACAGAGAAAGAGAGUGAAAAGGAGGAGGGAGAGAUAGGAGGAGAGGGAGAGACAGGAGGAGAUGGAGAGACAGAGGGAGGAGAGGAGGAGACUCCUGAGGAAGACACAGAGGAUAAUGUGGGGGUGUCAGCAGAGGCUGAGGAUGAGGAAGAGGGAGGAGAGGAGGAGGUGCCGGAGAAUGCUGUGGAGGAGUUUAAUCCUGAAGAAGAGGGCGGUGAGGAGACAGGGGGAAAGAGAGAAAUCCCUCUGAUCCACCAGAUGACCAGAACCUCUGUGGAGUCCCAGCCAGGAUCAAUGGAGAACACAGACCCAGAUUCACAAAUACGCUCCUUAACCCUGAUAGAGCCCAAUGAAACUGUCUCUGAUGGACACAAGAUGGCGUCUGCGGGGGAGGGGUCAGGGGGGAAAGGCCAGAGGAGGAGCCGAUCUCCAGCCAGAGCCAAACGCAGGAAACCAAAAGAGAGUGACAUAGAACUGGACGUCCAAGAUCUG